AUAAACAGGGUGACGACGUCACUUCCGCCUAUACAAUAAUGGCGGCUCAUCCAGACCGGGGAGUGCCGUUAAGUACUCUUUGUCCUAAGUUUCUUCAUACGAAUUCUACAAGCCACACCUGGCCCUUCAGCGCCAUCGCCGAGCUCAUAGACAAUGCCUGCGAUCCAGAUGUCCUGGCCAAACAGUUCUGGAUUGAUAAGACCAUCAUCCAAGAAAGUGAAUGCCUCACUUUUAUGGAUAAUGGAAAUGGUCUUGAUCAUGAGGGAAUGCAUAAAAUGCUCAGCUUUGGCUACAGUGAGAAAGUUGCUGUUAAUGGCAUCCAGCCGAUCGGUAUGUAUGGCAAUGGUUUCAAAUCUGGAUCCAUGCGUCUCGGUAAAGACGCCAUCGUCUUUUCCAAGUCCAAUAACACCUCGUGCGUCGGGAUGCUCUCUCAAACAUACCUGGAAAAGAUUAACUCCCAACAGAUCAUUGUGCCUAUUGCCUGCUUUGAGCAUACAAGCCAGAAAAUUAUGCGUGUAAGAGAGGAACACAAAGCCAGUCUGAAAGACAUCUUGCACUAUUCUCCUUUCAAGACGGAGUCGGACCUGCUGACCGAGAUCAGUGCCAUUAGCUCCACCUGGUCCCACACGACGACCGGCACUCGCAUUAUAAUUUGGAACCUCCGCAGGACAUCAACUGGCACUUUAGAAUUUGACUUUCAUAAUGACCGUUACGAUAUCCAAAUUCCAUCAGACGUCUACGAGGGGUUGAACCAGCCUGGUGAGAGAAUCCCAUCACACAUACCUCAGAGUGUAUACUCGCUAAGGGCCUACUGCAGUAUUCUGUAUCUGAAACCUCACAUGCAAGUGGUCAUACGAGGUCAGAAGGUGAAAACUCAGCUGAUCGCCAAGAGUCUGGCUCAGAGCAAAAAGGACCACUACAAGCCCAACUUCCUUAACAAACGAGUGCCAAUUAUUUUUGGUUACAACACCAGAAGCAAAGACCACUACGGCAUCAUGAUGUAUCACAAGAACCGACUCAUUAAAGCCUACGAGCGCAUAGGCUGUCAGCUGAGGCCCAAUAGCAAAGGUGUCGGGGUCAUCGGGGUCAUAGAGUGCAACUUUCUGGACCCUACGCACAACAAACAAAGCUUUAUAGAGACGGACAAAUACAGGAGAGCUAUGAUCAGUUUGGCGAUCAAACUAGACGAAUACUGUAAUCAAAUCCACUUCAACAUGAAUACAAGCAACCCAGGCAGAAGCAUGGCAGAUAUCUGUAAGGGUCCAGAUCAGAACUGGGUGCAGUGUGACAGUUGCCAGAAAUGGCGCAAACUUCCUGAUGGUAUCGACUGCAGCAGGCUACCUGACAGCUGGUUCUGUCACAUGAAUCCCGAACCUCAGUUCAGGAGCUGCGAGGUUAUGGAGGAACCUGAGGACUCAGAUGAUGACCAGCCAUCAUAUCGAAAAACCUACAAACAAAAAGAGAGGGAAGACAAGAUGAAGCUAACAAGAAAAUCUAUGACAGGCCAUUCCCCAUCCACUACUUCAAGAAGUACUAUUAAAGUGGAGACACCAAAAACGAGUGUGUUUGCGCCACUGGUGACCAUCCUUUCACCAUCAGCUUCCAGCCCCUCCUGUAGCAGUGGUUUUCCGAUUAUUUCACAUGUGUGCUCCCUAACGACACCUCCUGCAAGGGGAAAAAGAGGGAAUGCCGCUGAGCCACAAAGUACGCAGAAAAGACACCGGGUAAACGCUUUGGUAGACGUUGGCCGACUGAGCUCUGCUGCAGUUUCCUCAGAUGACAGUAAUGACUCUAUCAGUAUCCUCCAGCCCAAUACAUUGAGUUUUGAAUCAAGUAAUACUCAUGUCAGCAAUAAGUCGUUUGAGCCAAAAGCUGCAGGAAUCACUUCCUCCCCUUUACCACCUCUCGGUAUGGCGCACACAGUCACCCAGACAGACGCACCGAUGACGGUGAAAAAGGAAAAGCGGGAGGAAACGGAAGAAAAGGUCAACGCACGCGGCAUACAGCAAAGAUCAAUUAAGCAAGAAAGUGAUCGGCAGACUCCAAGCAGAAAUAAAUCCCUUAAGACAGAGGAAACAAUAUACUGUGUCGAUAGUGAUGACGAAGAAGUGACCCAAUUACUUAAUCGGCUUUCGGAUGCACUUGAUCAAGACAUAAAGUGCGAGGGACAUGAUGCGGUCAGUCGGAAUUCCCACGGGACAAGCCGGACGGAGUUGCCAAAAGACUACAGAACCUUGUUUAAAAAGGCCAAACAAAACAUCAAUCAGCUCGUAAGCAGCAGAGCUGCUUUACUGGAAGGUGCCGAGACCAAACCCAGCACUGGCGCAGUCGGGGAGGAGGAUGAGGAGGUGGGUGACAUCACUCGACAAGUUCACUCUCUUGUCUGGGCACUGGAUGAAAGAACUAGGGAGAGGGAUCAACUGCGCUCACAGUUGGCUAGUCUUGAGCGGGAGAGGAAAUUCCUGUCAUCCCAGCGCACAGACCUGAGGAUGAAGCUGCUGCAGCAGCCCAGAGAGCAAACACAGGACUGUACGCAGACAGAGAACAGAGCUUCGAGUCCGGAUACAUACAAAAGUUUGAUUGAGCUGCGUCACAACAUUGGGCGCCUCCUUGUCAACUUUGUGCCUUUUCUGGACCUGGGCCAAGUCAAUUAUGAGUGUAAUGUCAUUGAUGAGAUCUUGGAGCAGGUAGUCUCUGAUGACAAAUACUCAAACUGGGGUAAAGCCUCAUGCUCAAACUGUACUGGCAGGUAGUACACGUUCAUCCGAGUGUGGGGAAUUCAUCACCGUGUGCUGAAUGGGUUAUAAUGUAUUUUAUUAUGUGUUAUCAAUUUCACAUGGGGACAAACCCUGGACUUUAUUCUAUGGAUGAUGAAUUGUGGCUAGUUGCAUUGAAAAAUCCAACUCAGAAAAUGGCUGGCUGAACAAAUACAGACUCUCUCUACGCGCCUUGAUGCAAAAAAAACCCCCAAAACAUACCAAUGAAAUCUCACUUGAAGUUCUAACAAUAUGCAAUCAAAGCUUUUUAUGUUGCGUCUAAUGUUUUGGGGAAAGAUCAUGGCAGAUGGCCAUGCAUCUGUAAAGCGUGGUUGUGCAAUAAAACCUAGUGAUUGCUCCAAACACUGUUAAAACAAUUGUCUAUUAAAACUUUUUUUUUU